AUGGCAUCUGUCCGUGUGACCAGAGUUGAGAAACGCGUAAAUGACGCGCCCAAUCCGACAAAAAAGCCAAAAACCAUCGUUUCAACAUCAGCUAUCUUCAAAAAGCCUCUCUACCCUCCAAAGUCCACCGUGCCCAGCAAAACUCUCAAGCCUGAACUCAAGACAACGAUUGAAGCUAAAUUCGUAUCAAGGCGUAAUGUUGCCAGCGGGUCUGUGUCGAAGAAGCCCGGCGGUGCGAGGAAGAAAGAACCCGAGCACCCGCUAUCUGUCGCGUUCAAUGAAAGCACAGCGGCUUACCGCACCGCCACCUUCGAUAUCGUCAAGGGCAGGCUCGACGAGGACCACGCCGAUCCGAUCCGCCAGCUCGCGCAGCCCAUUCCGGAAGAGAAGUUGCGCAUCACAGAGACUAACCGAGACGGCACCCAGACUGUCCGGGACGUUAUGCUCGGAGCGCAAAUGGCCGACUUCGCCAAGCUUGUCGAGAGAGAGGAGGGCAUACUCCGAGAUCUCCGGGGUCAGCGUGAACGCGUCGUUGGCGACAUCGUAGCGCUUGCGGUUGAGCUACUCGGGCACCGCGAGGCGCAGAGUUUGAUUGCUGGGAUGGGCUUGUCCUUGGCGUCGCCUUUGGACAAGAAGAAGGGGAAAGGCAAGACGGUGGGCUUCUCAGAUAGCGAGAGUGGUGACCUGAGAACAAGCGUGGAGGCGUUGAGAGGAGAGGUUGAUGCUAUUAAGAAGAGGGUUGAGGGAAUUGGGGCGGAGGCAGUCGCACAGAUGGAGAAGGAGGUUGAGCUCGCAAAGAAGGAGCGUAAAGAGAAGAAGAGGAAGUUGGCUGAGCUUCUUAGGGACGAGUGA